GGGAGCAGGGACAGGGCGGGACCGGAUGUGGAAACGCAUGCGCAGGGCGGGGUCGCGGGCGGCAGUUGCUGGGAGGCGCAGGACGCGCAUGCGCAGAGGGAUCGAAGGUGCCAGAAGAAACCAAGCGGCGGCUGAGGCGGCGAGAGCUGGACGCUGUUCAGACGCAAGUGCCUUAGCGAGUGCCCAGAGAGAUCUCGUGGUGUAGGAGUCCUUACACAUUCUCCAUUCAGCCCUAAAACGUGUUAGACCCCAAGUCUCCUCCCAGUCACCUACCCCAAAGCACCUCCUAUUCACUGCACUGCCCAAAGCCAGAGCUGAUUUGCGGGCGUGUGACCUGGAAUGGCUGAAAUGAAGCGCCCGGUUGUUUCCCAAAGCUGGGAGGAGGAGGAGUGCUUGGAGUACUACGGCAUGGUGUCCUUACACCGCAUGUUUGAGGUGAUCGGCUCCCAGCUGACUGAGAAUGAUGUGGCUGUGCUUUCCUUUCUCCUUGAUGAGACCCAGCCCUGGACCCAUCCCCUGGACCCUGGGCUGUGGGCUGUGGCAGAGGAGAGUGGAGCAGAGACCCCCUCACCUCUUUUAGAGAGCUGGCAAAGGAGGAACCAGCACAGGCGAGCUCCGGUGGAGGCAGCCGGGAGCCUAGAGGUGGUGGCUGAGCGGCACCAGCCCAGGAAUGGGGUGGAGCUGCUGCUGGAGCUAGAAAGGAGGGGGAGAUGCGACGAGACCAAUUUCCUGCAGCUCUUGCAGCUCCUGCGGUUGCUGACCAGGCAUGACCUGUUGCCCUACGUCACUUUGAAGAGGCAGCGAACAGUGUCUCCUGAGAGAUAUACCUACGGCCCAUCUGUGACAGCUUCCGACCGGCAGGUGGAUAGUUGUCUCGGCUCAGCCUCUGCAGAGGCCCAGCCCCAUCCAUGGGAAACAGGCUCCAACUCCAGCAAGAGGAAGCGGGUGAGCAGAGGCAGGGCACGGGCCAAUGCCCUUGGUAGGCGGCGUGGGGCCAAGACAGUCGCUACCCUCAAGCAGGAGCCCCCAUCCCCCACCAAAGUGACCUGUGACAUCCGGCUGCGGGUGCGUGCCGAGUUCUGCCAGCACGAGCCGGUCCUGCGCCAGAACGUGCUGUCCAACAAGCAGCACCGCCUGGAGCGCCAGUUCGACAUCUUCGGCCAGUCCAACACCAUCCUCAAGUCCCGUGACCUGGGCUCCAUCAUCUGCGACAUCAAGUUCUCAGAGCUCUCUUACCUGGACGCCUUCUGGAGCGACUACAUGAACGGCUCGCUGCUGGAGGCCCUCAAGGGUGUCUUCCUCACAGAGUCGCUCAAGGACGCCGUGGGGCAGGAGGCCAUCCGCCUGCUGGUCAACGUGGAUGAGGAUGACUACGAGGAGGGGCGCCGGCUGCUGCUGGAGAGCCUGGGCCCCCAGUGACUGGCCUCUGGAGAGCUUGGUCUGGGUCUCCGUAGUGUCUCUUGGCCCCUGGAGCACGCCCAUUUGGGACAUUGACUCUCGAACAGCCUGACCCCCUUGGUGCUGCCAUGGGGCAAACCCAGCAGAGUGCACCUCCAGGCCUCUGACUGGGCCGGGCCAGCCGGCUCCGGGAGCCCUCGGCCAGGGUUGGAUCGAGCACGGGACUCACUGACGCCCCUCCUGCGUUGGCACGGAGGCAGGACAAGCAACUCCAGAUGCGCAGGGCGUGGUGGCAGGGCUGGCUUCCCCGGCCAGAGCACAGCCACAAGGAGCCGUGAUCUUCAUUUUUAGGGGACAAACCUCCUUUUCCUCCUGCUGCCAUUUUGGCAAAGGCUGGGGAGCGUGGGGGCCGCACAGCAGGGGCCUGUGUCCCUCUUAGGGAUGCGUGCCUGUGCUCGGGUGACUUGUACAUACCGUCGGGGGGGGCGAGGCGUGGGCAGUGGCUGCAGGAGUGUGCCUGCUGCAGCUGGGGAGUGGGCGAGGGAAGCUGCCCAGUGUAGUAUUUAAAAAGAUGCUAUUUUUUUAAGUAAAAAAAACAAAAAAAAAC